CCUCUGGUGUUCGGGCGCAGGGGGGCGCCACAAGGAGGGGGGCGCCACCAGCCUCGUGCAGGUCCGAUGCCUUGGCAUGCACAGGUCAGGAGGCAACUGCUGGGAGGUGUUCAACAGAACUCGACCUCCCAGGAGUUGCAUCCGAGCGCAGGCGCCGGCCGCCGCCGAACUAGAGACCACAGCAGAACCUAGCAGCAAAAGGGUGGAGGGCUCCUCCGCUCCCGCCGGACGGGGUCGAUCGGGCCCAAGCCAACACGCAUGUCGUCUGCAGGUCAACCGCUUUCCGACCGCAUUCGCUCGCUGGGGCUUCUCAAGCCGCAGCUCGUUUUUUGGCCUGGCAGGCCCUGUCGACCUCUUCUCCUCAGACCGAGAGCGCAAGAGAGAGGAGGGGAAGGGGGAGGGGAAGGAAUAGGGGCCGGCCUCAGAUGUCGACGACGUUCUUGCAGGCGCUGCUCACGGUGGUCGCAUCCUCGUGAUCGUCCUCCCCUAGGAGCCCUCCCACGAGGUAGCCCGCGUGACGCAAGUUGCGGACGAAGAAAUUCAAGUAUGCUAUGCCUGUAUUUGUGCGACCGUGCACCACUUUCAACAUCACUUUCCCGAAAGAUAUCCACUUCGUGCCAGUGUGGACUUUCCCGGAGCCCGCGCUGAAGGAGAGUCCGCCGCCAGCCAUCCCGAGCGCGUGGACUUUGGACUCUACCCAUUUUCCCGUUAUGUUGAUGCUCAUGAAGUACGUAUCCGCGCAAGUAUCACCCCCUAUCCUCUGGGCGUCAGCCUCCACUAGGAGAACCACUUGCGAUGGACGCGCCUUGAAGGGCACAUGAAGAAGGACAUGGACGCCAGGUUUCAUCAAGUCGAAAUGCUGCCCGUGCAGAUUUACAAGAUGCGGGUCGCCAGUCGCACUCAUCGUAGUCGGCGAGGCCGUCGGCGCAACAGUAACGAAAGUCGGUGCCGGGGUCAGGGCGGCCGUCGGUGCAGCUGUGGAACCCGCCGUCGGUGCUGCUGUUGGCGAGGUCGUCGCUGACGGGGUCGGGGAGGCCGUCGGUGUUGCUGUUGGCGAAGCAGUCGGCGCAAUCGUGAAGAAAAUUCCGGAAUUCCCGUUUUGAUCAGUCGGCGGGGCUGUCGGUAUGGGAGCCGCCGUCGGUGCUGCCGUCGGCGAGGCCGUCGGCGUGGUCGUCGGUGAUGGGGUCAGGGAGGUCGUCGGCACAGCUGUAGGAGCCGCCGUCGCUGCUGCUGUUGGCGAACCGUCGGCGAGGUCGUCGGUGACGGGGUCAGGGAGGCCGUCGGUGCUGCUGUGGGACCCGCCGUCGGUGCUGCUGUUGGCGAGGUCGUCGUUGCUGCUGUUGGCGAGGUCGUCGGUGACGGGGUCGAGGAGGCCGUCGGCGCAGCUGUAGGAGCCGCCGUCGGUGCUGCUGUUGGCGAAGCCGUCGGUGCUGCUGUUGAUGAGCUCGUCGGGGACGGGGACGGGGAGGCCGUCGGCAAAGCUGUGGGAGCCGCCGUCGGUGCUGCUGUUGGCGAGGCCGUCGGGGAGGCCGUCGGCGCAGCUGUAGGAGCCGCCGUCGGUGCUGCUGUUGGCGAAGCCGUCGGUGCUGCUGUUGGCGAGCUCGUCGGGGACGGGGACGGGGAGGCCGUCGGCACAGCUGUGGGAGCCGCCGUCGGUGUUGCUGUGGGCGAGGCCGUCGGGGACGCCGUCGGCGCAGCUGUGGGAGCCGCCGUCGGUGCUGCUGUUGGCAAGGCCGUCGGGAAAGGCGUCGGCGAAGGCGUUCGAAUACUGUCGAAGUAUUCCUGAGCACACGUGAAGCUCCCCGCCUCAGCGAAGAAAUUCGACGUCCCGCCCAAGCCGAAAUUACGGCCCCAAAGAUGAACGUGAUCAUCGGAGUAUGCAUUGAGGAUCCUGAAUCCGAUUUCGAACGAACUGACAUUGUCGAACUCGGCCAUGAAACACCGCUUCGCUUGGUCAACAGGGACGGCCGUCUCGUCUGGACAAGUGAUGUUGAUUAAAUCAUUCGGGCCGGUUGGAUUGUCGCAGCCGUGACCGAACAUCCGCGAAGUGGACAUGAUCCCAAACUUGCCACCGGGGUAGGUGUACCUGCGGGACAUCCUGCCUGGAACGGAUGAUUGGAUCGAUUCGGAGACCACGCCAGUCAGUUGCUGGGGGCUGUCCCCCACGGAAGUUCCAUACUGAAAGAAACUUAGGUCGAAAUCGAUGUCGCCGUCGAUCGUGUAGACCGCCCUGACGCCGUCUAGCAAUAUUAUUUCGUUCUCGCCGUCUAUGAAAUGGUCAAUAUCGCAGAAAGUUAGUUUUGGAGAAUUUGGGAACUCGGGGCAGAAAGAAUGGUUUCUCACGAACUCUGCCCGGAGAGUAACCCGCUCACCAACAAGGAGGUUCACAAGCGCCUGUUCCCCAGAAACGCCGUUCCAAUUCGUGUUCCGGGGAGUAUAGACGCUUGUGUUGGUGUAGACUAAAUCAUAUAUGACUCCAUUUGGAAGUUUACCAACUCCGUAAUAUCGCAUCUCCUUGGGCUUAGUAUAAUCUGGACCCAAUCCGCCAAGAUUUGAGUGAGCUUGAUGACCAAAAAACUGAACCCAAUCCUCACAGCCUGCUGGGUGAGUAACAUAUUCUACAGCAGGGCACUCCUCGGGACACACGCAGCACAUUGAAGAGCUGAAGUCAUCGUCGUCAUAAUACGGAUCCAAGCAUAUACUGAUAUAUGGGGCAUCAGGGUCGUAGCUAUAGACAGCGCAAGAAUUGCCAAAUCUAUUCGUAGCUCCAUUGUCUGCGUCUACACAUGUGGUCGGUGCUGACGUUGGUGCUCCUGUUGGUGCAGACGACACAGCCAGUGACCCCUUACGCUGUGAACUGUUCACCGUGAUGUCACCAGGCAUUUUUUGAUCGGUAUCCAUCUGAACCUCGUACAACAACUCGCCCUGCAGCAGGAACAUAUCCAAACACCCACCGCUUUCACACGCCUGCGAACGUGUGUCUUGGGACAUACUGCUACCCGCGACAUGCGCAGUCGUGGAAUUCACAAACCAUGACACGAAGGCCACCGCCAUCCACCUUGCACGGCACAGUACCACGCAAUCGUAUGAAGGCCAGCACUUCAUAUCAGAAAUGAUGGAUGGCAAAUAGAGAAGUAAGUGUGAUAAUGGUAAAAGCUAAUAGAAAUAAGGAAGUUUUGUGUAAGUGCAUAGAAUUGGAGCCAUAAG